GAGGUAAACAAAGACUUUGACUUGAUGACUUCUAUCAAAAUGUAAAAAUAAAUAAACAACUGUAAAUAAUUUGAUAUCACAACAUUUCAGACGCCUACGAAAGAUAUUUAAAACAAUGUCUGAAGAUAAAUAAAUUAGUAAACUGAUUUUCACCAUAAACAUGUAAUAAUACUGUAUUAUUUGGCAGAAUUAAAAUAAUAUGCCUUCUGAAACAGAAGUAUAUUCCUCAUGGGUUGGGUUGGCAUAUGUAUUCAACCUUAUAGUAGGAACAGGCGCUUUAACAUUACCUGAGGGAUUUGCCAGUGCUGGGUGGUUCCUAAGUACUGUGUUAUUAGUUCUUCUAUGUUUCAUCAGUUUUGUAUGUGUAACCUUUGUCAUCGAAAGCAUUGCUUGUGCGAAUGCUACUAUUCGAUGGCGUCAUAUACAGUCCCAUAAAAUUGAUGAAAGUGAAAAUGAAAUCUCAGAAUCUGAUGAAGAUCAUAUAAAUGAAGAAACAGCAAUAGUCAGUAAUGGUCGAACCAGAAGAAAAAACUACAAUUUAGAUACCAAAGUUGAACUCUGUGAAAUGUCUGAUGUAUUUAUGAAUAAGACUUCACGCAUUCUAUUUUAUACCAUUUUAAGUAUUUAUUUAUUGGGUGAUUUAUCCAUUUAUACUGCUGCACUCUCCAAGACACUAGUUGACCUCUCAUGUGAUACCUCUAAUGAUACCUAUUUCAACACUGAAAGGUGUUGGUCUAAUUUUGAUUUCCACAAAAUUGAUGUUUAUCGAAUGUAUGUAUUAUUUAUAGCUCUCUUAAUUGGUCCAUUUACAUACUUUAAUAUUCAAAAAACGAAAUAUUUACAAAUGUGUACUUUGAUGAUGAGAUGGACUGCAUUUGUCAUAAUGAUAAGCCUUGCAGUAUUCAGAAUAUCUGAAUAUGGUCCGCAAGGUCAUCCCAGAGCUUCCAAUAUGAAAGAAAUCCCAACUCUUAUCGGCUCUAGUGUUUAUAGCUUCAUGUGCCAUCACUCCAUACCUAACUUAAUAGCUCCAUUUUCUAAUAAACAACACAUCUCUUUGAAAUUAGGUGUCGACAUGACUAUAAUAUGCGUUUUUUAUAUUUUAUUAUCUAUAACGGGUGUUUUUGCCUUUCAGAAUGUACAAGAUUUGUAUACAUUGAAUUUCAUUCCAGAACAUGCCAACAAUUCAACCUUCUUUAUGAAUAUCGUUUACUAUUUUCUAGGGGCUUUUCCUUUAUUUACCUUAUCAACAUCAUUUCCUAUUAUUGCAAUAACUUUGCAAAACAACCUCAAAAGUUUGGUUCUAGAUAGGAACACCACUUACGGAUUCUUUGUACGUCGUUUACUAUUUCCUACAGUUGUUAUUCUACCACCUGUGUUCAUUGCUCUGACCACUCACAAUCUGAAGAAACUGGUCGAAGUGACAGGUUCUUAUCCAGGGGUUUUUGUACAAUAUGUGUUUCCCGUUUUUCUAGCUUAUUCUGCUAGAAAAUUCUGUAGAAGGACUUUCGGGAAUGUGGAAAACAGAUUUUCUAGUCCAUUUAGAGGGAACUUCUGGUUUGUUCUAGUACUUGCGUGGGCUGUGGUUUGUAUGGGAUUCGAGACAUAUAACUUUAUUGUUAAGUAUUCGUGAUGAAAUAAAGUAUUUUAUGUAAGAUUAUAUAAAAAUAUAUAUUUUUCAAUAGUU